UCAUCUUCCCUCCGACAAGAUGGCGGCGGCGCUGGUGAUGGCGGCACUAGCGGCUUUGUGUCCCUUCAGCGCCUGAGCUCGGUUCCGGCCUGGCCGGGGGUACCGAGCAGCGGCGACAUGACCGCGGAGCCCAUGAGUUGUGGAAAGAAGUUUACCGCUAUUGUCUUUACCCUUGGUGGUGUUGAUGCUGACUGGGUCAUUGCAAAAAACUGAUGGACCGCUCUUGGGCCAAGACCCACAACUAACUUGUCUAUGGAGUUUCUGCUAGAGAAUUGUCUGUCUUCUGAAGGAAUCACCAGCCAUCUUUAGUUGCAGAAGCCAUGGAAGUUUAAUCUCACCUUCAUUCCUUAUUUCCGCAUAAAUGAAAUAGAGACCAACCUUUAGACUUUAAUGUGAGGAAACACUAACCUGGGACCCUUUGCUGGACCUAUUUGGCUGUCGCUAGUCCAUGACAAAGAUAUUUGGCAACGUCCUAGGGAGGCCUUCAUUCAAAAUGAGUGAAAGCAAGUUGAAUACGUUGGUGCAGAAGCUUCAUGACUUUUUGGCUCAUUCAUCCGAAGAAUCUGAGGACGCAAACUCGCCUCCAAGACUAUCUGUGAGCAAAAGUAUAGGUAAAAGUAGCAGGCCUGAAAAUAGUCCAACUCCAAUGGAAAACAACAGGGAAGAGGGCAAUAGCUCUUCAGAAAGAUCCAAAUCUUUAGGAUCAUCACGUUCAAAAAGGAAACCUACAGUUGUAACAAAGUAUGUUGGAUCAGAUGAUGAACAAACCCUACCUGAAACUGUAAAUGAAGAUGUUUCAAAUGAAAACUCAGAAAAUGAUGUUGAUAUGAAAAGCUUACCUAAAGGUACAGUGGUUGUACAACCAGAGCCAGUGCUGAAUGAAGACAAAGAUGAUUUUAAAGGGCCUGAAUUUAGAAGCAGAAAUAUCGUUAAAAUGAAACCUGAAGCUCCCAAAAAGCGUGGAGAGGAAGGACUGCAUGGAAUUGUAAGCUGUACAGCCUGUGGGCAACAGGUGAACCAUUUUCAAAAAGAUUCCAUCUAUAGACAUCCUACACUGAAAGUCCUUAUCUGUAAGACUUGCUACAAAUAUUAUAUGAGUGAUGACAUUAGCCGUGAUUCAGAUGGAAUGGAUGAACAGUGUAGAUGGUGUGCUGAAGGUGGAAAUUUAAUUUGCUGCGACUUUUGCCAUAAUGCCUUCUGCAAAAAGUGCAUUUUGCGCAACCUGGGCCGAAAGGAGCUGUCAGCCAUAAUGGAUGAAAAUAACCAAUGGCAUUGCUACAUUUGCCACCCAGAACCUUUGUUGGACUUGGUCACUGCAUGUGACAGUGUUUUUGAAAAUUUAGAACAGUUAUUGCAACAAAACAAGAAGAAGAUCAGAGUUGAGAAUGAAAAAAGUAAAAUAUAUGAUCACACACUCAAAUUUUCUCCAAAGAGAAAUAUUUCAAAUUGUAAUGGAGAAGAAAAGAAAUUAGAUGACUCAUAUUCUGGUUCUUUAACCUAUUCGUAUAAAGCACUAAUGGUGCCAAAAGACAUGCUUAAAAAGACAAAAAAACUGGUUGAGACCACAACUAAUAUGAACGCUAGUUUUGUAAGUUUUUUGAAAACAGCAGCAGAAAAUUCAGAAAUAAACUCUACCAUACAGCUACGUCAGCUGAAAGCUUUUAAAUCUGUUUUGAGUGACUUAAAAAAAGCUCAUUUAGCAUUAGAGGAAGGUCUGAAUCAAGAGAUUCAAGCUUUGGAUGUUAAAAUCAAAGAGAAGAAUACCAAAGAGAGAAAAAUUGAUAUUAAACUAGAAAAAAAUGAGGUGAAAAGAGAUGAAGGAAAGGAACAUGCAGAGUUGAAAGAGGACACUGUAAAGUCAGUGAAAAAAGCUGUGUCAGAACAGCCUGACAAUGAGUCCAUGGACCAAAACAUUCCAGCAACACAACAAACAGAAAGCAAGAAUACUAGCAGUGAAGAUAAAAAAUCUGAGACAAAUGAAGAGCCUCAGUAUGAACCUAAUAGUACUGAGGCUUUAGACAUGGAUAUUGUAUCUGUUCCUUCAUCAGUCCCUGAAGAUAUUUUUGAGACUCUAGAAUCAGCUAUGGAAACUCAGAGUGCAGCAGAUGAACAGGGCAAUGGAAGUACAGCAACAGAGCUGGAGACAGUAAAUAUGAAUAUAAAAUGUACUACAGCUUCAAAAGACAUUAAAGGAGGUACCAAGUUAAAAGCAUCAGCUAAAGUAAGAAAAGAAUUGUUUGUAAAACUGACUCCUGUUUCCCUUUCUGAUUCUCCAGUUAAAGCUGAAGAUCAAGACAGUAAUCCAGUAAAGGGAGAUCAGAAUGCUGAUAUAAUACCCAAGGCAGAAAACUGUGAUUCUGGAAAAGAAAAUCAUUACAUUGGUAAUGAACGCUCACCUGAAAAUGAAAAUGCCCCCUUGGUAGAGGAAUCUGAUCUCAGGAGGUCUCCACGUGUGAAGACUACACCUCUGAGGCGUCAAACAGACAUGAAUCCUUUAACAUCUAAUUCAGAAGAGGACAGCAAUGACGCAUACUGUGAGAAGCGCAAGCGAAAAUCAUCAACCCAGUCACGGAGAAAAAAAGAUAAAAGAAAUUCUUCUGACAGUACUACUGAUCAUCCUAAACCUAAUAAGCUUUCUAAAUCAAAAAAAUCAGACAUAUUGGACCAAAGUUCGGAUUCAGAUGAGAUGCCAGCAGUCCUUAAAGAAGUAGCCAUGAUGAGUCAUAGUUCCUCAGAUAUUGAUAGCAAUAGUGAGACAUCCAAUAAUAUUCAGAAGAAUGCUUUAAAUGAUCUAACGAAACAACCAAUGAAGUAUGAGAAUGGAAAGCGCAAAAGAAAAAGCUCUACUUCUGGUUCAGAUUUAGUUGCCAAAAAAGGCAAAUCAACUAAAGGCUCCACUUGUGCAAAAAAGAAACGACAGAACCCUUCAGAUUCUUCAAAUUACGACUCAGAGUUAGAAAGAGAGAUAAAGAGUUUGAGUAAAAUAGAGUCUGCAAAAAAAGCCAAAAAGAAAUACCCCAGAAAAGAAGAGAAUUAUGAUUCUUCUUCUGAAGAACAGAAUAAAAAAGGAUCUACUAGUAAGAAAAAAAUAAAUUUGAAGAAACAGCAGGUUGAAUCAUCUGAUGAUGCUGAGAAGUCAUCCCCAGAGAAAGAGGAGACUAGUCAUUCUUCUGAAGAUAAAAAAAUUAGGAAGGGGGCAGCAAUCAGUGAAAAGAAAAACAGAGAUUUAAAAGAAAGAACGUCGAAGGGGAAGCAUGAUGGAUCAUCUGAUACUGAGAAAUCAUCCCUGGAGAAGGAGGAGAGUUGCCAUUCUUCUGAUGGUAAAAAGAGAGCAGAAGCAAAAGAAAAGAAAAACAGAAAUUUGAAAAAGAGAAAGAUACAGAAUGAUUCGUCUUUGGACGGAACUGAGAAAUCUGCAGAGAAGGAGCAGAGUUGUGAUUCUUCAGAAGACAAAACCAAGAAUAAAAAAGGAACAGAAGGUAAAGAAAACAAAAAAGAAAACUUGAAAAAGAAAAAUUAUAAGAAAGAACAAGAUGGUGGUUCUUCUGAUGGAGAUAAGUCAUCCCCAGAGAAAAAGAGUUGCAUUUCCUCUGAAAAUAAGAGUAAAAAUGAAAUGGCAGUUGAGGAAAAGAGAGAGAGAAAUUUGAGAGAGAGAACACUGAAGAAGUUGCAGAAUGAUUCAUCUUCAGAAGCUGAGAAGUCCCCAAAGAAAGAGGAGAGUUCUUCUGAAGAUGUUAAACAGAAUAAAAAACGAAUAGAAGCUAAAGAAAAGAAAAAAGUAAGCCACAAAAAGAAAACUUCCAAAAAAGAACAGAAUGACUCAUUGUCCUCUUCUGAUGAGGAGCCUUAUGAAGACAAUAAAAAAAAGAGUACCGCUAAGGAGAAUAAAAAGGGCAACUUAAAAGUGGAAAAAAGAAUUUCUAAAAAACAGAAGGAUGACAUCAGCUGUUCCUCCUCAUCAGAUGAGGAAGAAAAUGAUGACCAGAAUUCAGCAGGCGAUGGAAGCAGUGAUGAGCAGAAGAUUAAGCCAGUGACUGAAAGCUUAAUACUGUCCUCCAACACAGGAUUUUGUCAGUCUUCAGGGGAUGAAGGAGAGACUAAAUCGGGGGCUGUUCCAGUGGAGGAGGAGGAGGAGGAUGAUGACGAUCCUGAGAAUAGAAUUGCCAAGAAAAUGCUUUUAGAAGAAAUCAAAGCCAAUCUUUCCUCUGAUGAGGAUGCAUCUUCAGAUGAAGAAUCAGAUGAAGGAAAAAAGAAAACAGGAAAGAAAAAUGAAAACGCAGAAGAUGACGAGGAGAACGAAAAGGAAGAUAAUUCUGAAUCUGAUUCAGAUGAUGAUGAGUCCAAGAAGCCUAGAUAUAGACACAGACUGCUGAGACACAAGCUAAGUAUGAGUGAUGGAGAAUCUGAGGAAGAAAAAAAAGGAAAAUCUAAAGACACAAAAGAAGGCAAACGCAGAAAUAGAAGGAAAGUGAGCAGUGAUGAUUCAGAUGACUCAGAAUUUCAUGAAUCUGGAGUUAGUGAAGAAGUCAGUGAAUCUGAAGAUGAGCAACGUCCUAGAACAAGAUCUGCUAAGAAAGCUGAGGCAGAAGAAAAUCAGCGCAGUUACAAGCAGAAAAAGAAAAGACGACGCAUAAAGGUUCAGGAGGAUUCUUCUAGCGAAAACAAUAACAAGAGUAAUUCUGAGGAUGAAGAUGACAAUGAUUCAAAAUCUCCUGGAAAAGGCCGGAAAAAAAUACGAAAGAUUCUUAAAGAUGAUAAGCUUAGAACAGAAACACAAAAUGCACUGAAGGAGGAGGAAGAGAGAAGAAAACGUAUUGCAGAAAGAGAAAGAGAGAGAGAGAAAUUAAGAGAGGUGAUAGAAAUAGAAGAUGCUUCACCUCUAAAGUGUCCGAUCACAACUAAACUGGUUUUAGAUGAAGAUGAAGAAACCAAAGAACCUAUAGUACAGGUUCACAGAAACAUAGUUACUAAACUGAAACCACAUCAAGUAGAUGGUGUUCAGUUCAUGUGGGAUUGCUGUUGUGAAUCUGUGAAAAAAACAAAGAAAUCUGCAGGUUCCGGAUGCAUUCUUGCCCAUUGCAUGGGUCUAGGAAAAACAUUGCAGGUAGUGAGUUUUCUCCAUACAGUUCUGUUGUGUGAUAAACUGGAUUUCAGCACAGCUCUCGUGGUGUGUCCACUGAACACUGCUUUGAACUGGCUGAAUGAGUUUGAAAAAUGGCAAGAAGGUUUAGAAGAUGAUGAGAAACUCGAGGUCUCUGAACUAGCAACUGUAAAACGCCCUCAAGAAAGAUCCUAUAUGCUGCAGCGAUGGCAGGAAGAUGGAGGAGUUAUGAUCAUAGGCUAUGAGAUGUACCGUAAUCUUGCACAAGGCAGGAAUGUCAAAAGUAGAAAACUUAAGGAAAUAUUUAACAAGGCUCUGGUUGAUCCAGGCCCUGACUUUGUUAUAUGUGAUGAAGGGCACAUAUUAAAAAAUGAAGCUUCUGCUGUUUCUAAGGCUAUGAAUUCUAUACGAUCCAGGAGGAGGAUAAUUCUUACAGGAACACCACUGCAAAAUAAUCUUAUAGAAUAUCAUUGCAUGGUUAAUUUUAUCAAGGAGAAUUUGCUUGGAUCAAUUAAGGAAUUCAGAAAUCGGUUUAUAAAUCCAAUCCAGAAUGGUCAGUGUGCAGACUCCACCAUGAUAGAUGUUCGGGUAAUGAAGAAGCGUGCCCACAUACUGUAUGAGAUGCUAGCGGGAUGUGUUCAGAGGAAAGAUUACACAGCAUUAACAAAGUUCCUACCACCAAAAUAUGAAUAUGUUCUAGCAGUUAGAAUGACAUCUAUUCAGUGUAAGCUGUAUCAGUACUACUUGGAUCACUUGACAGGUGUAGGUAGUGGCAGUGAAGGUGGAAGAGGCAAAGCUGGAGCUAAGCUCUUCCAGGACUUCCAGAUGUUAAGCAGAAUCUGGACUCACCCUUGGUGUUUGCAGCUGGACUAUAUUAGUAAAGAAAAUAAGGGCUACUUUGAUGAAGACAGUUUGGAUGAGUUCAUAGCUUCAGAUUCAGAUGAAACUUCAAUGAGUUUAAGCUCUGAUGAUUAUGCUAAGAAAAAAAAAUCCAAGGGGAAAAAAGCAAAGAAAGAGAGUAGCUCAAGUGGAAGUGGAAGUGAUAAUGAUGUUGAAGUGAUUAAAGUCUGGAAUUCAAGAUCUCGUGGGGGUGGAGAAGGAAAUACAGAGGAACUUGCAAACAACCCUCCAUUGGCUGUAAAGUCAGAUGAAGGUAAAGCCACAUCCUCUUCCAAUCCAGGCAGCCCAGCUCCAGACUGGUACAAAGAUUUUGUAACCGAUGCAGAUGCUGAAGUAUUGGAACAUUCUGGGAAAAUGAUGCUUCUCUUUGAAAUUCUUCGCAUGGCAGAGGAGCUUGGAGAUAAAGUUCUAGUUUUUAGCCAGUCUCUAAUAUCACUGGAUUUGAUAGAAGAUUUUCUGGAACUGGCAAGCAGGGACAAAACUGACAAAGAUAAACCUGUUAUUUAUAAAGGUGAAGGAAAAUGGUUCAGAAAUAUUGACUACUAUCGUUUAGAUGGUUCAACCACAGCUCAGUCAAGAAAGAAAUGGGCUGAAGAAUUUAAUGAUGAAACUAAUGUGAGAGGCCGUUUGUUUAUUAUUUCCACUAAAGCAGGAUCCCUUGGAAUUAAUCUGGUGGCUGCUAAUAGAGUGAUUAUCUUUGAUGCCUCUUGGAAUCCAUCCUAUGAUAUUCAGAGUAUCUUCAGGGUUUACCGCUUUGGGCAGAACAAACCUGUGUUUGUGUACAGGUUCUUGGCUCAGGGAACAAUGGAGGACAAGAUAUAUGAUCGUCAAGUAACGAAGCAGUCACUGUCUUUCCGAGUAGUUGACCAGCAGCAGGUUGAGCGUCACUUUACCAUGAAUGAGCUUACAGAGCUUUAUACCUUUGAGCCAGACUUGCUGGAUGACCCUAAUUCAGAAAAGAAAAAGAAGAGGGAUACACCCAUGCUGCCAAAGGAUACAAUUCUGGCAGAAUUGCUUCAGAUCCACAAAGAACAUAUAGUGGGCUAUCAUGAACAUGAUUCCCUCCUAGACCAUAAAGAGGAAGAAGAAUUGACCGAAGAGGAAAGGAAGGCAGCUUGGGCAGAAUAUGAAGCUGAAAAAAAGGGUCUGACCAUGCGCUUCAACAUGCCAGCUGGGACUAAUAUGCCCCCUAUCAAUUUCAACACUCAAACUCCAUAUAUUCCAUUCAAUUUGGGAGCAUUAUCAGCAAUGAGUAACCAACAGCUAGAGGACCUCAUUAAUCAAGGAAGAGAAAAAGUUGUGGAAGCAACCAACAGUGUAACUGCAGUGAGAAUUCAGCCCCUUGAAGAUAUAAUUUCAACUAUAUGGAAGGAAAAUCUGACCCUGACAGAGACCCAAGUACAGGCCUUGGCCCUAAGCAGACAGGCAAGCCAGGAGCUUGAUGUUAAGCGCCGAGAAGCCAUCUACAAUGACGUCUUGACAAAACAACAGAUGUUAAUCAGUUGUGUUCAGCGGAUACUUAUGAACAGAAGACUACAGCAGCAGUACAAUCAGCAGCAGCAGCAGCAAAUGUCUUAUCAACAAGCAGCAAUGAGUCAUCUCAUGAUGCCAAAGCCUCCAAAUUUAAUCAUGAAUCCUUCCACCUACCAGCAGAUAGAUAUGAGAGGACUGUAUCAGGCAGUUUCUGGUGGUAUGCAGCCACCACCAUUGCAGCGUGCACCACCCCCAAUGAGAGGCAAAAAUCCAGGACCUUCCCAAGGGAAAUAAAUGUGAUUUUGCACUAAACGGAUUGUUAAAAUCAGAGAAAGAACUUUUUUAUUUUUUUAGGAAUCAAUGGCUUAACAGAACUCAACUGCAUAAAUAGUUUGGAUCCCUUAAAUGCCAUGUACCAUAUUAAUGUUUCAACUGUGUUUUUAAAUAGGAUGUAACAUUUUUCCCUCUCAUGUCAGUGAUGUUGCCUAGAAUCUUCUUACAUGUGUUGAAUACAGGAGAUAUCAAAUUGUUUUCAGUGAAAACAAGCCCUUCCAUAAUAGUAGCAGCUCCACUGGUUUACUGUCUAAAGUCCUAUGCUUGUUUUUAGUAGCCAUAAAACCAUCAUCAAACAUGAGAAACUUAGGAAAGACUACAGAUCUGUAUGUUUCAGUAUGCCAUAUAUAAAAUGUACACAGCUGAGUUCUUGAUUAGAGUUGAUUCCUCAAAUUAUGGAAUACUUUUCUAGUUACCCAUUUCUUGAAAUUAGUGAGUGUGAUAAGACAGAGAAAUGAUCUAGUUUCUUUUUGACUGAAGUCUGGAUUCAUGCUGUAUCAUCUGUGCGGAAUAAAACAGGAACUGGAAAUUCUCUUGAGACAAAAUUGAGUGCAAUAUUCUUAAAUACUACGACUCUGAAACUUUGUCAUGCAGUUAUAUAGAAACUGUGUAUACAGCCUUAAAUCGUGACUUGAGAAGAGAAUUUUUUUUCUCCAGUCUUCUGCCACUUUUUAUUUUCAGUUUUAUGUGAUGGAAUAACUGGUAAAUUUAAAUUUACAGCUUUGUAUCCUUCACACAUCAUUUCACUGUUUAUUGACUCUGAUACAAAGCACAUUUCUGUUAACUCCUUGAUGCUGGUGCUAGUGUCUCUUCCCAUUGCUGGCAAUGGGAUAGGGACCAAAAAAAUCAAAUUACUGGUAUUUUGGAGGUUACGAUAGUGGUGAUUCUUAGGGUCACUCCCUGUUUUAUAAACAACAUUAGAGUGGCAGAACCAUUGCCGACUUUAAAUUCAUACAAGGAAUGAAUGUGCUUUAACAAUUUCCAGCGCUGCCAGAAUUGUGAAAUAAAUCUCCUUGUAUAGAUAAGGAUCUCUGCCUACCAUGCUCUUCUCCCUACCCCUUCUUUCAUUUUUGUAAGAAUAUGUUAGUACAAAAAGACCUUGAUCCUUUGAUUUUUUUUUUUUAUUUUAUUUUAUUUUAAAUCUAGACCAAGGUACGUUUCUGAUUGAUUACAUGUCAUUAACACCUACGUUCCCAACAUUUUAAUGGGUAGUAGCACAUUUUCUGUGCUUAUGAUGAUCCAUUUACACACACACACGGCUUUUCUUUCCAUAUAGUUUGGCUGAUAAUAUUUUUAAAGGAAAACAUUUUUAGAAUGUAGGAGACAAAUGACAGAAAUAUUUGAGGUGAUACUGCAUCAGGUAUUGAAAACAGCUAGAGAAUUGUUGAUAAACGAAAGCUGGAUGAAGGGAUUUGCUGUAGCUAUCACUAUACUCGCAUGACUUGCUGACAUCAACUAGAAGUGUUUUGGUUUCUUGAAUCACUCUUGAAGGACUUUUUUGAGUUUUAAUGAACUCAGAAGACAAGUGUUUCCGCAUACAAAUCUUGUGAGAUACUUCAUGUGGGGAUUGAAUUUUGGUUUGUGAUGUGACUAGAAUUUGUUAGAUCUGCUGCAAAACCAGCUAACAAAAUUGUUGGUUUGGAUUUUUUCUGUUACAAGACAUUGCAAGAAAACCCUUUAUGUUCUAAGCCUUUGCCAGCUCCGUAAUCAGAUUUAUUUAAUUUGCAGGAGAGGGGAGCCAAAAAAGGUGCAUUCACUUUAGAAGAAGUUAAAAAAAAAAUUAGACUUUGUGAGACAAGCAUUUGAAUGCAAAUGUACUCUGGACAACUGUCACUGAUAUUCCUGCAUGUCGUGAAUAAGACAAAUAUGUUCUACCAGACCUGGGAAUUUUCAGUGGAGUUCUACGAUAAUUUGCUCAAAGACUUAAAUGUGGAAGUUUUAGGCAACAUUGAAAGGCACAUUUUUCCACUGUGGAUAGUACUAUGGAUAACAGAAGACUAAUGCAUAAGAAGAUUAAUCAAAGAAAAGAAGCAUUGAAAAUAAAACUUGGACCACUUUGUAUACAUGUUCCUCACUUGACAUUUUAGCUGCAUAAUGUGUGUAUAACAUGAAGCUUUAACAAAUAUUUAAAGACAGAACAUUACAUCAAUAAGGUAAUAAAAGGCUCAUUUUUAUAUUUGUUUUAGAUGUUUUAACUAGUUGAAAUGGCUUAAGAUGACGAAUAAAAAUGUUGCUUGUAAUACAGUUUUGCCUGCUAAAUUCUCCACAUUUUGUAACCUGUUUAUUCCUUUGGAUGUAAAGCGUUUUUGCUUAGUAUUGUGAUAUUGUAUAUGUUUUGUCCCAGUUGUAUAGUAACGUUUCAGUCCAUCAACCAGCUUUGGCUGCUGAAAUCAUACAGCUGUGAAGACUUGCCUUUGUUUCUGUUAGAUGGCUUUUCAGUUCUGUAUUAAAUAUCUUAAGUACUGUAGAAAAGAUGUCACCUCUUCCUAUAAGGCUGUUUUGUAAUAUAUAUAUAAGGACUGGAAAUGUGUUUUUAAAGAGAAGAAGCAUUCAAGUAUGACAAUAUACUAUCUGUGUUUUCACCAUUCAAAGUGCUGUUUAGUAGUUGAAACUUAAACUAUUUAAUAUCUCAUUUAAUAAAGUGACCAAAAUGCAUAAA